AUGUCUCGCGCUUCCUGCCGCUGCCGGCCGCUGCUUCCCGCGCUCCUGCUGGCGCUGGCCGCGUCGUGCGCCGCGUCGUCCCGGCCCGCCUUCCACGUGUCCGAGGACGCCUACCUGAACACGCCGGAGCGUGUGCGGAAGUACGGCUACCCGGUGGAGGAGCACUGGGUGACGGGCGAGACGGGCUACGUGAUGCGCGUCUUCCGGGUGCCUCGCGGACGCCCGCAGUCGCAGACACAGGCCCAGCCAACAGACGUUGCUCGGCCCGCCAUCUACCUGCAGCACGGCGUCAUCGCCAGCUCUGACAUCUGGCUGCUGCUCGGCGAAAAGUCCUUUCCUUUCGUGUUGGCAGACGCCGGCUAUGAUGUGUGGCUGGGCAACGCCCGUGGCAACGUGUACUCCACCAACCACACGCGGCUGGACCCCAACAACGAGGAGUUCUGGCAGUUCAGCUGGCACGAAAGCGGAACUGAGGACCUGCCGGCGGUGGUGGACUACGUGCUGCAGCAGACGCGCCGGCCGCAGCUGGUGUACGUGGGGCACUCGAUGGGCGGCACCAUGUUCUACGUGCUGGCCUCGCUGCGGCCCGAGUACAGCCGCAAGGUGCGGGCCGCGUUCCUCCUGGCGCCCGUCGCCUUCAUAUCAGAUCUCUACAGCCCACCGCUGCGCGCCGCCGCGCCUCUGGCGCAGUCCAUCGCCGCGGCGUCGAGGGCGCUGCUCAAAGGGCGCACGCCGCCGCUCAGCCUGCCGGUGAACCACCCGGCCACGCUGCUGCCCGCCGUCGUCGCCUACUCCGUGCUGGCCGGCUUCAGCGACCUCGAGGACGAUCACCUGACGAUGGCGGUCUACCUGACGCACGUUUCUCAGGGCGGCUCACUCAGGCAGGCGGUCCACUACGCGCAGGAGAUCCUCAGCGGUCACUUCCGUCAAUUCGACUAUGGCCGCGCGGGAAACAUGCGGCGCUACGGUCGCGCUACACCACCGGACUACCCGCUGGAGAAAGUCGCCAUCCCACACAUGGUCAUGUAUGGCGAUGACGACUGGUAUGUCUCCAUGCAAGACGUGAAACGCCUGCAAGACGCUCUACCCAAAAACAUCGUGGAGAUGUACAGGGUGCCCGAGGUCGGCUUCACACACAUGGACUACAUGUGGGGCCGCAACGCCAGAAGACUGAUCUACGACAAGAUCUUGGCUUCGAUUGUCAACACGGAGCCACCGCUUGACGAGAGGUCUCUGCGGAAGCGGCGAAGCAAACUCUCCCACGCAGGGGGAAAAAGGCGAGACUGAAGACUCAUUGCGGUGGGAAGACGUAGGCACUCGCGUGCUGAAGAGAAUACAUACUCUUUGUGUUAUAUCUACCUCAUCUGACCUUACUGUGAUGGAAAUGCGUACACACUUACGUGCUCAAGCGAAUACAUACUCAAAGUGCUAUAUCUACUCAUCUGACGAAGGAGCUUCAGAUCGCCACGCAUGACAGCGUAACCAGCUCAACAUAGCUCUCUGUAGCGAUGGUUGCUUGUACCUUGGUGCUAUUAUUAAAUAUGGCAUGACAGCACUAUACUACCGCCUACUUUAGACCACAGAGUAACAGUUGAAAUCUUGCUUCGCUCUAACAGUCGACCCAAGUAUAAGGGGAGUGCCACGCGUGCUUCUUGUCUUGCAGCCAAGUCCACACUGACUACAAGUGGUCGCCACGGGUCGGCAAUGUCAUGUGGCACAUUCCAGAAAACGUUUUAUAUCUCAUUCCGUGGUCUUCUUACUUUCACCACUGCAGGAGAUGGACAAAACAGUACGAACACUCAACUAAUGUGGUGCAUGACAAUACUCAGUGUCCAAACAUACAUGUAAUGUCCUGGGGAGCUUUGUUACAAUACGAACAGUCACAGCUCACCUAUAGAACUUUAGACGGCACUUAAAAGUGCUGGGGAAUGUCGCCAGACAGAUUAAAACAAUGUACAGGGUAUCCACAUGAAAUCUCCCUGAUUUCCAAGUCGUAGACGAUGGGAUGUUAUACUCUAAAACUAACCUCACUUCCAAUUGCAGUUACAAAAACAGCCAAAAAAUAAAAAAAAACUAUGACAUCUAGAAACUUAUGGUUUAUGGCAACAAGUAAAAUAAAUUGAAAAGUUUUGUACAAAAAGUUAAUUAAUUUUUACAUGGGCUUCUUUCGUAACUCGUAAAAUGUCUGUGCGACAUUCUGAACACAUGUCCACACAAGCAUGUCAGUAGUGGUGAAGACCAUUGCAACCACAUUUCUUUUAUGGGGAUUGCCAAGGCCACGUACGGGCGGGGCACACAAAUUGUCUUUCACAUAGUCGUAUAGGAAGAAUUCCAGAUGAGUUAUGUCUGGACAUCGCGGUGUCCAGUUGGUUGGUCCACCAAGCUCUAUCUAUCGCUGUGGAAACAUUCGGUCCAGGAAGUCACCAACGAGUGAACUUCACUGCAGUGGUGCACGUCCUCCUAGAGGAUAAAACUUGGCUGAAGGGAAAGAAGCUGAGGGACAGAAAAUUGCUUCAGCUUGUCCACAUAAACUGUUCCUGUAACUGUCUGCUCGAGGAUUAUGUUGUAUCAGCCACAACACACAUUCACCUUUUCGUUACCUCUGAUAUGUUCCCGAAAACUGUGGUGGUUUUUCAAACCACAGAUGUGAAUGUUGUUCCGAUUAAAGUCCUGACUUGUUUGAAAUGUUGCUUCGUCAGAGAAAAUUCCUAGAUCUCGCCUGACCCGCUCCAGUAUCUCAACGGCAAAUUCGCAGCAGAGCUGGAAGUCGUUUCGCUUCAGUUCUUACACAAUUUGCAGUUUGUAAACGUUUAGACGAAACUGUUUAAGCGGCACUUUGUGGGCUACUAAGCGAGAAAUGAUUACUCCCGAGAUUCUCGGUGACUUCAUGGACUUCUUUGGAAGGUAUCUGUGACCUUCUCCUCCAUUUCAUCAGAUGUGCUUCUGUCAGAACCUGUCUGUCUAUUUACACUCCCAGUGGCUAGUCAUACCAGGCCUUAAUUGUCUGGUGGCUCCCUUUGAAAUCAGGUCGAAAAUUUCUUUGGUCAGCAAAGAAUGAUUUCGUUUCCAUAUACCACAGAACACAUUGGGCUCACCCCUGAGGUAUAGUCAUUUCUGGUAAUUAUGUAACACCUGAAACGAAACAAAAGGAAUCGUUUCGAAGAAAGAAAAUCUGAACAAAGCUUUUUGAGCUCCUUUGCAAUGAUGCCCCAAAACCACAAGUAUAUACAUAAUAUUGAUUUUAGGAAAUUAGGGAGCUUUACUAUAGGACAUCAUGUAUUACUCUAAGAGGAUAGGAAGUUCUCAGUAUACAAAUAAUAUGUGGUCAGCGUUAAAGAAAUGUCAGAAUAUGGCUGUUCAACGUACCGCACAUUUUCUCCAGGAGAAUGAUACAAUUAGUGAUACACAAGUGUUGUGCAAAAUGUUACGGUAAUAGUUGUGUAAUACUUCUCUCAAUUCUGUACUAUUAGUAAAUGUUUUUAUCCUUCACGUAGAAUAAAUUUGUAUACUUUUCCAAAUGUC